AUGAGCUGUCGCCUGCAGAGUUCCUCCGCCAGCUAUGGAGGUGGCUUUGGGGCUGGCUCUUGCCAGCUUGGAGGAGGUCGCAGUAUCUCUACCUGCUCAACCCGGUUUGUCUCUGGGGGAUCUGCUGGGGGCUUUGGGGGUGGUGUGAGCUGCGGCUUUGGUGGAGGGGCUGGUAGCGGCUAUGGGGGUGGCUUUGGAGGCAGCUUCGGAGGUGGCUUCGGAGGUGGCUUCGGAGGUGGCUUUGGUGGGGGUUUUGGUGGAGGCUUCGGUGACUUCGGUGGUGGAGAUGGCGGCCUCCUCUCCGGGAACGAGAAGAUCACCAUGCAGAAUCUCAACGACCGCCUGGCCUCCUACCUGGAGAAGGUGCGUGCGCUGGAGGAGGCCAACGCUGACCUGGAGGUGAAGAUCCGAGACUGGCACCUGAAGCAGACCCCGACCAGCCCGGAGCGUGACUACAGUCCCUACUUCAAGACCAUAGAUGAACUCCGGGAAAAGAUCUUGGCGGCCACCAUUGACAACAACCGGAUCAUCCUGGAGAUUGACAAUGCCCGGCUGGCUGCCGAUGACUUCAGGCUCAAGUAUGAGAACGAGCUGACUCUGCGCCAAAGUGUGGAGGCCGACAUCAAUGGCCUGCGCAGGGUGCUGGACGAGCUGACCCUGACCAAGACCGAUCUGGAGAUGCAGAUUGAGAGCCUGAACGAGGAGCUGGCCUACCUGAAGAAGAACCACGAGGAGGAGAUGAAGGAGUUCAGCAACCAGAUGGUCGGCCAGGUCAACGUGGAGAUGGACGCCACCCCGGGCAUUGACCUGACCCGCGUGCUGGCAGAGAUGAGGGAGCAGUACGAGGCCAUGGCGGAGAAGAACCGCCGGGAUGCCGAGGCCUGGUUCCACAGCAAGAGUGCCGAGCUGAACAAGGAGGUGUCUUCCAGCACGGCCAUGAUCCAGACCAGCAAGACAGAGAUCACCGAGCUCAGGCGCACGCUCCAGGGCCUGGAGAUCGAGCUGCAGUCCCAGCUGAGCAUGAAAGCCGGGCUGGAGAGCACGUUGGCGGAGACGGAAUGCCGCUACGCCCUGCAGCUGCAGCAGAUCCAGGGUCUCAUCAGCAGCAUCGAGGCCCAGCUGAGCGAGCUCCGCAGUGAGAUGGAGUGCCAGAACCAGGAGUACAAGAUGCUGCUGGAUAUCAAGACGCGACUGGAACAGGAGAUCGCCACCUACCGCAGCCUGCUGGAGGGCCAGGAUGCCAAGUUGAUCGGUUUCACCACAGGAGGAACCUCCGGCAGCAACUCCGGUCGCCGGGUUCCAGAAAACAGUAGGCCUUAAUUCUGCCAGGCGGUCCCUCCCUCUGUCUUCAGCACCCAGAGGAGGAGAGAGCGGAUGGCUCCCUGCAGGAGAGAGGGAGGCAUUGCAAGGCGCCUCGGCCACUCUGCGCCCGGCCACUGCCCUUCCUGAGGGAGGCCGCUCGCUCCCUGCCCUGCCCUGC